CGCGGCUGCCAGCGGACGGGGCGGGGAUCCCGGUGCCAGGUCCUCGCCAACCUGCCCCUGCCGCCUCUGUCUGCUGUCCAGGCCCGGCCCGACUGUCAUGGAUCGGGGCGGGAUCUCCUCCUGUUCUGCGUGAGGUGCGUCGCCACCGCUCUUGCCAUCGCCGCCGUCGCUUUCUGAGGCCUCCCCACCCCCGCCAGCGUCCGGAGCUCCUCGCCUUUGGCAGGUCGUCGCCGCCCCCUGGGCAAGCUCGAAUGCGCGUCUGGUGAAGGUGCAGGCCCGGCGUCGCCGCUGCCGCAGCCGGGAAAUGGUUCAGGCCUAGCGGAGCCGGGACUGGAGCAACAUGAACCGUGAAGACCGGAAUGUGCUGCGUAUGAAAGAACGGGAAAGGCGGAAUCAGGAAAUUCAGCAGGGCGAGGACCCCUUCCCACCUAGCUCUCCUCUUUUUGCUGAGCCAUACAAAGUAACUAGCAAAGAAGACAAGUUAUCAAGUCGCAUUCAGAGUAUGCUUGGAAACUACGAUGAAAUGAAGGAUUUCAUAGGGGACAGAUCUAUACCAAAGCUUGUUGCAAUUCCCAAGCCUACAGUACCACCAACAGCAGAUGAAAAACCCAACCCAAAUUUCUUUGAACAAAGACAUGGAAGCUCGCAUCAGAGUAGCAAAUGGACUCCAGUAGGACCUGCACCCAGCACUUCUCAGUCUCAGAAACGGUCCUCAGGUUUACAGAGUGGGCACAGCAGCCAACGGACCAGUGCAGGUGGCAGUAGCAGCACUAACAGUACUAGCCAGAGGCAUGACCGUGACUCAUAUAGCAGUAGUGGAAGCAGUAGCCGGAAAAAAGGCCAGCAUGGAUCAGAACACUCCAAAUCACGCUCUUCCAGCCCUGGGAAACCCCAGGCUGUUUCUUCAUUAAGCUCCAGUCAUUCCAGGUCUCAUGGGAAUGAUCACCAUAGCAAGGAACAUCAACGUUCCAAAUCACCUCGGGACCCUGAUGCAAACUGGGAUUCUCCUUCUCGUGUACCGUUUUCAAGUGGACAGCAUUCAAGUCAGUCUUUCCCCCCUUCAUUGAUGUCAAAGUCCAGUUCAAUGUUACAGAAACCCACUGCCUAUGUGCGGCCCAUGGAUGGACAGGAGUCCAUGGAACCAAAGCUGUCCUCAGAGCACUACAGCAGCCAGUCUCAUGGCAAUAGCAUGACUGAGCUGAAGCCCAGCAGCAAAGCACAUCUCACCAAGCUCAAAAUACCUUCCCAACCACUGGAUGCAUCUGCUUCUGGUGAUGUGAGCUGUGUGGAUGAAAUUCUUAAAGAGAUGACGCAUUCAUGGCCUCCCCCUCUAACGGCUAUUCAUACACCAUGCAAAACAGAACCUUCCAAAUUUCCUUUUCCAACUAAGGAGUCUCAACAGUCCAAUUUUGGCCCUGGAGAGCAAAAAAGAUACAAUCCUUCCUCUAAAACGUCAAAUGGACACCAGUCUAAAUCUAUGUUAAAGGAUGACUUAAAACUAAGCAGCAGUGAAGACAGUGAUGGGGAACAGGAUUGUGAUAAGACAAUGCCAAGGAGUACACCAGGAAGUAACUCUGAACCUUCACACCAUAACAGUGAAGGAGCUGAUAACUCCAGGGACGAUUCUAGCAGCCACAGUGGAUCUGAAAGCAGCUCUGGAUCCGACUCAGAGAGUGAAAGUAGUUCCAGUGACAGUGAGGCAAAUGAGCCAUCCCAGAGUGCAUCUCCUGAGCCUGAACCACCACCAACAAACAAAUGGCAGCUUGAUAAUUGGUUGAAUAAAGUGAAUCCACAUAAAGUAUCACCAGCGUCUUCUGUGGACAGUAAUAUCCCAUCAUCUCAAGGCUAUAAAAAGGAAGGCCGAGAACAGGGCACAGGGAAUAGCUACACUGAUCCAGGUGGACCUAAAGAAACAAGUUCUGCUACUCCCGGACGAGAGUCCAAAACUGUCCAAAAGGGAUCAGAAAGUGGACGAGGGCGGCAGAAGUCUCCUGCACAGAGUGACAGUACAACACAGAGGAGAACUGUAGGCAAAAAACAACCCAAAAAGACUGAGAAGGCAGCUGCUGAAGAGCCCCGUGGAGGCCUGAAGAUAGAAAGUGAAACCCCAGUUGACAUGCCCACCAGCAUGCCCUCAAGCAGACACAAGGCAGCCACCAAAGGCUCAAGGAAACCCAAUAUAAAGAAGGAGUCCAAAUCUUCCCCUCGACCCACAGCAGAGAAAAAGAAAUACAAGUCAACGAGUAAACCUUCCCAGAAAUCCAGGGAAAUCAUAGAAACAGAUACCUCAUCCUCAGAUUCGGAUGAAAGCGAGAGCCUUCCUCCUUCCUCACAAACUCCUAAAUACCCUGAGAGCAGUAGGACUCCUGUUAAGCCCUCCUCAGUGGAGGAAGAAGACAGCUUUUUCCGGCAACGAAUGUUCUCUCCUAUGGAAGAGAAGGAACUUCUUUCACCCCUCAGUGAGCCUGAUGACAGGUAUCCACUUAUUGUGAAGAUUGACCUGAAUCUCUUGACUAGAAUACCAGGAAAGCCUUACAAAGAAACAGAGCCGCCCAAGGGGGAAAAGAAAAAUGUACCAGAAAAGCACACAAGAGAGGCUCAGAAACAAGCCUCAGAAAAGGUUUCUAACAAAGGCAAGAGGAAACACAAGAAUGAAGAUGACAACAGAGCCAGUGAAAGCAAGAAACCCAAAACAGAGGAUAAGAAUUCAGCAGGCCACAAGCCAUCCAGCAGCAGAGAGUCAUCUAAACAGAACGCUGCAAAAGAAAAGGAUUUGUUGCCUUCUCCUGCUGGGCCUGUUCCUUCAAAAGAUCCAAAAACAGAGCAUGGCUCUCGGAAGAGGACUAUUAGUCAGUCUUCCUCCUUAAAGUCAAGUAAUAAUAGCAACAAGGAGAAUAGUGGCAGCAGCAAAAACAGUUCCUCCACAUCAAAACAGAAGAAGACUGACGGGAAGACUUCCAGUAGCUCCAAGGAAGUUAAGGAAAAGCCUCCAAGUAGCUCCUCUAACUGUCCUCUAUCUACACCAACUCCUGAUGCUUCUAAGCCUCGGAGAACAAAGCUUGCCUUUGACGACAGAAAUUAUUCAGCAGACCAUUAUUUGCAAGAAGCAAAAAAGCUAAAGCACAAUGCAGAUGCAUUGUCUGAUAGAUUUGAGAAAGCAGUAUACUAUCUUGAUGCUGUGGUGUCUUUCAUUGAAUGUGGGAAUGCAUUAGAGAAAAAUGCUCAGGAAUCCAAAUCCCCAUUCCCUAUGUAUUCAGAGACGGUGGAGCUCAUCAAAUACACUAUGAAGCUAAAGAAUUACUUGGCACCAGAUGCUACAGCUGCAGAUAAAAGACUCACAGUACUUUGCCUCCGAUGCCAGUCUUUGCUGUACCUGAGGCUUUUCAAACUGAAGAAGGAAAAUGCUCUAAAGUACUCAAAGACACUAACAGAGCACUUGAAGAAUUCUUAUAAUAAUUCCCAAGCUCCAUCACCUGGCUUGGGAAGCAAAGCUGUUGGAAUGCCUUCCCCUGUUUCUCCAAAACUGUCGCCAGGCAAUUCAGGAAAUUAUUCUUCUGGAGCCAGUAGUGCUUCAGCAAGUGGUUCUUCCGUGACCAUUCCACAGAGGAUCCACCAGAUGGCAGCCAGCUAUGUUCAAGUUACAUCCAACUUCCUCUAUGCCACUGAAAUUUGGGACCAAGCUGAACAGCUUUCCAAAGAGCAAAAAGAAUUCUUUGCUGAACUGGAUAAAGUAAUGGGCCCUCUCAUCUUUAAUGCAAGCAUCAUGACAGACCUAGUUCGUUACACCCGGCAGGGACUGCAUUGGCUUCGCCAGGAUGCCAAGUUGUUAUCUUGAACUGAACAUAUUCUCGUUGCCUCUGAUUUUCUCCACAACACUGUGUCAUAUCACAAAGGAAAACUGCCAUAACACGCCACCUAGUCGACACUAAGAAUGAGGAAUGGUUUCUCCUCCCUGGAUCACAUGUUGUGUUUUAAAACCCCAAGCUGUCAUGUCAAUUGAACCUUCAGUGUUCCCAAUAAGAAAAAUUAUUUAGAUACUUUUAAAUCAACAUAUAUAAAUAGGUUGGUUUCACUUAUCUGUAAUAAGAUUGAAAUUCCAGUUGCAAUUCAUUACUAAUCAAUUGAAAUUCUAUUUAUUUUAAUUUUUUAAGUUCCCAGAUUGGGGCUAGUUUAAAGCUUAGUUAUUUCUACCUAUAAAUUUACUCUGUCAAAUAUUUAGCAUAAAUUUAAUGUAGGCAUUUUUAUUUAUAUACUUCAUGAGCUUUGUUACCUAAUAGUGUCUUUUUUGUGGUUGCUCUUACAAGAGUAAGAGUUGAUUCAUCUUAGAUAUGAACGAUUCUUACCACUUCCGACCUGAUGUUAUUUCAAAUCUUAACUACAAUCUUAUUGCAGAAUUUAUAUUUAGUAUUAAGGAUAUUCUCCACAUGAAAAAAUCACUUAAAUAUGAGAAGAUGGCACUCUAUAUGGAUGAAAGAUGAAAUGUGUCUGAUUUGGUUUGCAUUAUUUCAAGAACUGUGAAUAUGUGUUAAUAACACUAAAGCAAUCACAAGGUGACUAUAACUUGUAUUUAAUGCAUUACAGAAGAGGGCAGGCAAACUUUUAUGCAAAGGGUUUCAUAAAGGGACAAUCUUGAGCUUUGUGGAUUUUAUUAAAAAUGUGUUCUUUUUGUUGCUAAUCAUUUGACACUUAGUGAAACAGCAUCAGUUAUAGUUGAAAGAAGGAUGAUCCAACUCCAAAGGGCCACUGCCUAACUGUCCUUAAUUGGAAAUGUUUGAAGGUUAAAAAUCUCUUCUUCGGAACUCUUACGGUUUUUACUUUUUCCUAUACUAGAUUGUUUCACUCUGACAUGAGCAUGCAGUAACUGAUGCAGGACUGGGCUGGAGCUUGUGUGUGUGUGUUUUUGCUCUACAGUUUAACAAUUAUAAUGCCUGGUGUAGAGAUUUGUCCUUUUAAACUUCUCUUGUAUUUACUCCAUUUAUAUUUUGAGGACCCCCAUGAAUGAUGUAUGUUUCUGAUGGGAGCAGAAAAGUCACACUAGGAAGUAUAUGAUUUGGUACAGUGUAAGCUCUUGGGAAGGAUGGGGAGGAGGGUAGAGUUUAAGAAGCCAGCUCUGUAAGAAUUGUUAUCAAAGUACCUUUCCCUACAAGAUAUAGGAAUCAAAGGUGAGAAAUAUACCCUCUAUUCUUUGUUUUCAGUGCCCCUAUCUUAACUGGUGUGCCUUAAAUCUUACCUUUAGAUGAAGACUCUGUGGAUUGUUUACAGGUAAAGUUUUACACUAGGAACAGAUUGCCCAGCCAUACAUGGUUGGGCAUGUUAAAUUCUAUUUUCUUUUAAAUCUUCCUUAAGAGUCACAUAAAGAUUAGUUCUUUCAAAAAAAAGCUAACACUUUAGAAUAUGUCUUAGUCUAACCUAUUGGGUAAUGCUGCUUUAAAAAAUAGUUUAUCCAUCUCCCUAUUCCAAAGAUAAAUCCAUCCAGUCAGAAAAAAAGGAUUUCCUCACUAUUUAGAGGUAAUUACAACAACAACUAAGGCUCUAGAUGGGAAACAGGAAAGAAGAGAUAGAAAAUCUCCAAGUCCAAUGGUGCAGUGAAUCUUCUGUGUUUAAGUCUCUUUUACACUUAUUUCUGAAGUUUGUAAACUUUCAUUGUCCAGUGGCUUCUUAUUUAUAGAGCUUCUUAACUGUUUUGUACCUCAAGUUGUUUUUUACAUAUCAUAUUUAGAUCUACCAAUUAUGUUGAAUUUAACCUUUUUCCCUUAGAGAAAUUGUCUUUACUGUCUUUCUAUUUAAUCUCACUGUCUGUUUUAGGAACAGUUUCCUUUCGUGGACAUGAUAGUUAUUUAGUAAAACACCUGCCACUGUUAAUCAGGUAGAUGUGUGUCCUGUCCUGCUCUGAUUUCUCUGACACUGAUUCCUCAAUUUUCAUUGAUGUCUUAGGAAUGAAAAAAGUGUCAUCCAAGCAUCUAGACUUUUCAGCAACAGCAGCCAGUGGGGCACUUCUGAGUUCCAGUGUAUUCUAGUCUCUUGUGUGUCCUGAAAGGCAGCAGGAACAUUUCUGCAAUCACACUGAUAAUUUUGUUAAAGCAGAGUUUCCUGCAUGUUUUAUGGUGCUGCUCUAAGAUAUUCUCAUUUUAAAAACUAUGUUAAUUCUUGGAGAAUGAAUUUUUCAAGCUUUUCAUAGUGGAGGAUUUUUCCCAUUAGGUGAUAAUGGGCAAUGGAUCAAAAUGUUACCCUAAAUAAUUCAAUUUCUAAUGCCGUAGUCUGUGGAAAUACCACUCCCUCUCCUCUGGGUCCAUCUUCUCAAAUGUCUGUGUUAUCAUCUGCUCCAACACAUACAGGCUACCAUUCCUCCCUCCUCAAUAGGUGUCUUCAGUGUUUUCUAACCGUUUGAAACUGAAAUUGACAAGUGGCUAAAAACUUUAGUGUUAGACUUGUACUUAAUAUAUAGUUAAUUAUAGAAAUAGCAACUAUUUUAAAAAUUACUCUGUUGACUGCUCUUUAAGACCACAUUUGUAUGCCAAGAGGCAGCAGCCUACAACAUUGAACCCUUUACAGGCAACCAACACACAGAUUGCAGUGGAUAACCUUGUCACCUGGCAGUCCUGCCAGCCUGGGCUGGGCUGAGGGGAGCCCUUCUCUCCUGGUAAGCAAGCUUCCACAGCCCAGCCCAGGCUCUAGCCUGGCUGGAGAGCACCCAGCCCAUUUCUUGCCUCAGUGCUACCUUUUUCUGUGUUGUAAGUAGCCAAGAAGUGACUUUAUAAACAGUGAGUACUGGAAUGUUCAGAUAAAUUUACAGCUGUAGCUGCUGAAGACUAGAGAAAGUUGACUAGUACUGAUUUAAUUCUCCAAUGUAAAAGCAUUCUAGGGUAAUGUGUGUGCAUGCCCACACACGCUUGUGCCUCUGGGGAGCUCUUGCA